UAAGUGCUUAGUUUUAAUCUCUUUAUUUAUUUCAUAGUUUCAUGUCAUAUAUUGCGUGCUCAAUAAGUUUAGUUUAGCCCUGUUGCACGCCAUUUCAUUUGAUCCUCAUUAAAUGGCAAGUGGGAAAUUUUGAACUUCAUAACACUUUCUCCUCUCUUGUUGAACUGGAUUGAAUAUCUCCUACUUGUUUUUGUGAAGUGAUCAUGUUUCAUUCUGUUCUUGGUAUCUUCACACUGAAUUUCAUACAAAGCUGAACCAAGCAAGAAUGACGAACAGCUAAGGUCAGAACUUGGAACUACAACUUGCCUCCACUUCACAGUUCACACCAAACAGGCACCAAUGAAGUUCCAAUUCCAUGCAGUUCCAUUUGUUCUACUAAGCUUCACAGUGUCUCUCUUUGGCCUAAUUGAGGCUGACUUGAACUCUGACAAACAAGCUCUUCUUGAGUUCUUUUCCAAUGUUCCGCAUGCCCCAAGGCUAAACUGGAGUGAGUCCACUCCAAUUUGCACAUCUUGGGCUGGUGUCACUUGCAACCAAAAUGGAACUAGUGUCAUUGAAAUCCAUCUUCCAGGGGCUGGAUUCAAAGGCUCGAUUCCAGAGAACAGCCUAGGAAAACUUGAUUCUCUUAAAAUCCUGAGCCUUCAUUCCAAUGGCCUUAGAGGAAACCUUCCUUCUGACAUUCUCUCCAUUCCUUCACUCCAAUAUGUAAACCUGCAGCAGAAUAACUUCUCAGGCCUAAUCCCUUCCUCUAUCUCACCAAAACUCAUAGCAUUGGAUAUUUCCUCUAACAACUUCUCUGGCAGUAUUCCAACUACCUUUCAGAAUCUUAGUAGACUCACCUGGUUGUAUCUCCAAAACAAUUCAAUCUCUGGAGCUAUCCCUGACUUUAAAAACCUUACAAGUCUCAAGUAUUUGAAUUUGAGCUAUAACAACUUGAAUGGCUCAAUUCCAAAUUCCAUCAACAAUUAUCCAUACACUUCUUUUGUUGGAAACUCUCACUUGUGUGGACCACCUCUCAAUAACUGUUCUAAAGCUUCCAAUCCAUCUUCUUCUACUUCCUCUCUUUCUCCUUCUCAUUCUCCUGUUUCUCAACCACUCUCUCCAGCAGAAACUCCACAAAAUAGAACUGCUACCACUUCAAAGAGUUACUUUGGCCUAGCUACUAUACUUGCUCUAGCAAUUGGAGGCUGUGCCUUUAUCUCCCUCCUAGUUUUGAUCAUCUUUGUAUGCUGUUUGAAGAGGACCAAGAGUGAAAGCAGCGGCAUACUGACAGGAAAGGCACCUUGUGCUGGAAAGGCUGAGAUUUCAAAGGGUUUUGGGAGUGGAGUGGAAGAGGCUGAAAAGAACAAGUUGUUCUUCUUUGAAGGUUGCUCUUACAGUUUUGACCUUGAAGACUUGUUAAAGGCUUCAGCUGAAGUUCUUGGAAAGGGGAGCUAUGGAACAACAUAUAGAGCUGCUUUGGAGGAUGGAACAACAGUGGUGGUUAAAAGGUUAAGGGAAGUUCUAGUUGGAAAGAAAGAGUUUGAGCAACAGAUGGAGGUUGUAGGAAGAAUUGGAAGGCACCCGAAUGUCAUGCCCCUUAGAGCUUAUUACUAUUCCAAAGAUGAGAAACUUCUAGUCUAUGACUACAUUUCCAGAGGCAGCUUGUUUUCCUUGUUGCAUGGAAACAGAGGCAUGGGAAGAGCUCCGUUAGACUGGGAUUCAAGAAUGAAGAUUGCACUUGGAGCUGCAAAGGGAAUUGCUUCCAUUCACACUGAUCACAUGGACUCAAAACUUACUCAUGGCAACAUCAAGUCUUCCAAUGUGCUCAUAAACCAACAACAUGAUGGCUGCAUCACUGAUGUAGGACUCACUCCUAUGAUGAGCACUCAAUCAACCAUGUCAAGAGCCAAUGGCUACCGUGCUCCCGAAGUAACCGAGUACCGGAGGAUCACUCAGAAGUCUGAUGUUUACAGCUUUGGGGUGCUCCUAUUAGAACUGCUCACUGGCAAGGCGCCACUAGGAUAUCCUGGCUAUGAGGACAUGGUUGAUCUUCCUAGGUGGGUGAGGUCUGUGGUUCGUGAGGAAUGGACGGCUGAAGUUUUCGACGAGGAACUUCUUAGAGGGCAGUAUUUUGAAGAGGAGAUGGUGCAGAUGCUUCAGAUUGCACUUGCCUGUGUGGCAAAGGUAUCAGAUAAUAGGCCAACAAUGGAUGAAACUGUUAGGAACAUAGAGGAAAUUAGGCUUCCUGAAUUGAAGAACCGUAACACAUCAUCUGAAUCUGAUUCUAAUGUACAAACUCCAUGAUUGUUUUGUAUAUGUAUGCUUGCCCCGCCAUGAUGCACUUGUUAUUUUCUGUACAAUGCAAGGAAUAACCUUGUUUUGUCUCUAGAAUUUUAAAGCUGUGGUUACUCUACUGUAUGUUUAGAUGACAUAGUAGUCUCUUAUCUUAUUCCCCAAAUGUGGUAAGGAACGUAGUAUCAAGUGAGUGAUCAUUGAAGAAGUAAAUUUUUAAAAACCUUACAUUCUUGUAUAAUUCAUAAAUGUAUUUUGCAUGAAUUUUCAUUGUCA